AAUAUCGAUUUUUCUUGUCGUGAAAAAUAUCUUUAAGCAGAAGAAAUUGUAAAAUUACAACCUUCACUUGAGGUUUAUAACUUAAGAAAAGUUUAGAACUCAGUGUGUUGGAUUGGAGGGAGCGCUGGGUGUGCCAGUUAUUAAACUAGAACUAAGCAUUUAUCAUAUUUAAGUGUUUUUUCAUAAAAUUACUUUUUUGAUAAAACUUAAAAAGUCAUCAUGAAUCCCAAUCUCGAUCCAUUUGUGGUGACAGCUAAAGAAAGGCUUCGGUUUCAAGAUCAAUUCAAUGCUUUGGGACCAGUAAAUGGAAUUGUAACAGGAGCGCAAGCAAAAGGUUUCCUUUUAAAAUCACAACUCUCGCCACUGGUUUUGGGACAAAUUUGGGCUCUUGCUGAUACAGAUGCUGAUGGUAAAAUGAAUUUGCGAAAUAUUGAAGUUCCAAAGAUGUUACCACCAACACUUUUGGCGUCUCUGAAACAUGUUGGAACACCCAUUCGCACUCCAACAGGAACAAUGAGUCCCGUCGAAGGUUACAAACAAUUCUUGCCACCAGUUGCAAAUGUACCACCACAACAACAACAGCAACAACCAAUAAUGGCUCAACAACAACCAAUGAUGAUGACACAAGCACCUCUGCCCCAAAUGCCGACAAUGCCUGUUAUGCCAAUGACAUCACAAGCAAUCGCUGGUGGGGUUGUUCAAACAGUUUCACCACAGCAGCAAAUUUCACCUGAAAUGUUAAUGCAACAACAUCAGCAGAUGAUGAUGAUGGCACAACAACAGCAACAACAAUUACCACCACAGCAAAUAAUUCCAGCAAGCAUUCCGACAGGAACAAUUCUACCCACACAACCAGCUAUGAUGAUGUCAAAUAAUAUUCCAAUAAGCGCUGUUGUGCCACCACCAGCAAAGCCACCUUUAGUUGAUCAAUUGAGUAACAGUUCGCUUCUUGAUUCACUUGCACAAGUGCAACCUUUACCAAUCGCUACAAGUGCUUUACCAGCAGCACCAACUCCAACUCCACCACAAAGUGGUCAUGCUAGUCGUUCAAUGUCGUUUUCAGAGAAAGCACCAUCAGUUCCUGAAUCUCCAUCUUCGGAAUGGGCGGUACCACAAUCAUCAAAACUUAAAUUUACACAAUUGUUUAAUGCGACCGAUAAGACACGAAGUGGCUUCUUAACAGGCACGCAAGCACGCGGAAUUUUAUUACAAACAAAAGUACCACAAGCUGAACUUGCAAGAAUUUGGGCACUUUCAGAUCGUGAUGCUGAUGGUCGUUUAGGAUGCGAAGAAUUUGUGCUUGCACUUUAUCUUUGUGAAAUGUAUAUGACUGGAAAACAAAUUCCUGUGGAGCUUCCAGCUGAUCUCAUUCCACCAUCAUUCCGUAAAAUUCCAUCACGUCAUGGAUCGGUUGUAAAUUCACGACAUGGUUCUGUUUCAUCACAAGGUGCAGUUUCAGCUCAUGAUAUUGAUGCUGCUGCUGGAAUGUCACAAUCAUCGUUUGAAGAUAAAAGAAAAGAAAAUUAUGACAAAGGACAAGCUGAGCUUGAACGGCGACGUAAAGCACUUGCUGACAUGCAAAGAAAAGAACAAGAAGAACGUGAAAGGAAAGAACGUGAUGAAGCUGAUAAAAGGGAAAAGGCUCGUCUUGAAGCUGAACUUAAGAAACAACAAGAAAUUGAACGUGAAUUACAACGACAAAAGGAACUCGAAGAAGAGAAAGAAGAGCAAAGGAAUCGUGAAUUGGAGAAGAAAGAACAAGCCAGAAAAGAGGCUGAAAAACAACGACAACUCGAAUGGGAAGCACAAAAACUUCAAGAAAUGGAGCAAGAAAGACAAAAGGAACAAGAUCGUCUUCUCAAACUUAAAGGACAGAAUCAAACAUUAACAAUUGAACUUGAAAGUCUCGAUACGAAAGUUAAAGAAUUAUCACAGAAAAUUUGCGAUACUCGAGUUGCUGUGACAAAUGUUAAGACGGUUAUUGAUGGAAUGCGAUCGACAAGAGACACAUGCGUAAGUGAACAAACGACAUUGAAAGCACAGAUUAAGGAACAAAAUGCAAAACUUGUAAUGUUGAGUCAAGAAAAAGCGAGGAUUGAUGCGAAAGGUAAAGUAAACUCAACGGCCGAUGACCAAGCUGUGUUCACAAACAAACAGAUCAUUAUAAAGCAAUUGAAGGAUAAAGUGGGGAAUAUCAAAGCAGAAAUUGAGGAGAAAUCGUCAGAUAUUACAACUCAUAAAGAACAGAAGAAGGAAGCACGUGAUGAACUCAAUGAGCUGAUAACCAACUGUGAACAACUUUAUAAUGAUUAUGAUGUCGUUCGUAUUCAAGUGUUAGAAUUGAAAAAUAAUCGAAAAAACGAUUCUUACUCAUCUGCGUGGCCAACAACAACAACAACAUCAUCGACAGCGGCAACGAUGAACAGCGCAUGGCCGGUGGAAGAGAAAGAAGCACCUGAACCUGUUGAUACAAGUCGAGACGUAGCACCAGAUGGUUAUGUAAGAUAUCGAGCAGUUUAUGAAUUCUACGCUAGAAAUGAAGACGAAGUUACAUUCCAACCUGGUGACAUCAUUAUGGUGCCAUUAGAGCAAAAUGGUGAAGCUGGUUGGCUUGCUGGUGAGAUUAGUGGACAUACUGGUUGGUUCCCUGAGUCAUAUGCUGAAAAGAUCAACAUUAAUGAUCCAGAACCAUCACGUGUUAGUGCAGAAGUUGCUGCUGUUGUUGAACCAGAGAUAACAAAAACAGAAACAACAAACAUUGAAGCAACAAAUUUAUCAGGCGAACGAUAUGUCGCUUGUUAUCCAUAUCAAUCAGCUGAAGCUGGUGAUUUAGUGUUUGAAGCUGGUGAAGAAGUGCUUGUUGUGAAGAAAGAUGGCGAUUGGUGGACGGGUGUGAUUGGAAACCGAAGUGGAAUAUUUCCAGCGAAUUAUGUACAGCCAGCAGACAAUACAUCAAUGUCAACGACGACAACGACAACAACAUCAAGUAACAUUAGCGAGAUGAAUAAUAAUUUGAGUAACAUGAAUAUCAAUGGAACAGACCAAACAGUCAAUAAUACGAACAGCAGCAUGUCAGCUGAAGAAGCACGCAAUCAAGCUGAUGCUGAUAGUGAAGUGUCACAAAUUAAUACACAAAAUGUUACAAAUGAUGCAAGCAUGCAAGAGUUCCGUGGCAUGACGGCAUCGGCAAGCCUUCGUGCAAAGAAAGGAGAAGUUGCAACAGUUAUUGCGCCUUAUGAAGCGACCAGUAGCGAACAACUUUCACUUCAGAAAGGACAAUUGAUUAUGAUUCGUAAGAAAACAGAUUCUGGAUGGUGGGAAGGCGAACUUCAGACAAAAGGAAGACGUCGUCAAGUUGGUUGGUUUCCAGCGACAUAUGUUAAAGUUCUGGCAGGUGGUCGAAUGAGUGGACGAAGUACACCAUUGUCAUCAAGUAAAAUUAAUCUUCAUGAAACUGUCAUUGAUAAAGUACAAGCGAUGUAUCCUUAUAAAGCUCAGAAUGAUGACGAAUUGAACUUUGAACCAGAUGAUAUCAUUAGCGUGUUAUCGCGAGAUGAGCCGGAUUGGUGGCGAGGUGAACUGAACGGCAUCACUGGUCUCUUCCCCAGUAAUUACGUGCGAACUUUUGUCUCGUCAGGUAAAAUAUGAAGUGAUUAAUUAUUUUAUUUCCUCAAAUUUAUUUUCUGAGACUUUUUUUUAUACUUUUUCAUCAUGAGGUCAAAGAUUCGUGUUGAGUUUUGAAAAUUGUUUAAAAUUUAAAAGAUUUUCGGAGUCAACAUGUGACAAAUGAGAAUUUUUUCUUUUGAUAUGUUAAAGUUGAUUUAGUAGUAAUGUUUAUAUAUCAAUUAUUUGUUCAUUUUUUAUUUACAUUAAUUUAAAUGAGAGCAUAAAUGUCGAUUCAAAUAUAAUAAAGUUUCUUUCUUCUUUUUCUCUCCAAUUGCAAUACAAAAAAUUAAAUUCAUCAUUACAUUCGAUAACAGGUAACAUGUAAGACUAAUCAAAAAAAAAAUAUAUAUAAAUUGUACUAUUAAGUUGUAAUCUAUCGAUAUGAUGGUGACUUCUUUAAAAAGAUAAAAUAAAUAAAAAAGUUUCAAAUUUGUAGUGAUACGCGACUUAAGUUUGAUGAUUUAUUCAGCAGCGGAUUAAUUUAAUCUCAAUCUCAAAAAAAAAUAAUAAUAAUAACAGGAAGAAAUAAGCUCGACAUUUCGAUUAAAUUAGUGAAUUUGAUUAGGCAAAAAUUAAAGAAGAAAAGAAAUCUAACUUGUUAAUCAAUCACAGCCAUUCGUAGCUAGGAGUGAUUUACGAUAACAACCAAUAAAGUAUUCAAAAGAACUUUUUCUCCUUCUCCCAUUUUCGUUGCCGAUUGAGUUGUUAUAAUCAAAAAUUUACAAAAGAAUUAUGAAAAAAAAAAUAAAUCGUUAAAGCUAUGAAGGAAAGGAAAAAAAAUGAUAAUAUAUCUCGUUUCACGUAAUAAUAAAGAGAACAUUUAAAUAGAGCUGAAUUAGUCAAAUAGCUACAUAAACUGCUUCUUCUAUUUAUCGUUUAAACUUCUUGAGUUUGCUACCAAAUUCGAAAAUAAAUAUUAAAAUGACACUUGAAAGUUAAGUUGAAGAUAUAAAUACUAUUAUUAUAAUUAUUAUUAUUAUU